AGCAAGGCUUUAAUGCAAAUGUUACAAUUGAAAAUAAUUUACAACGUUCAGUUCAAACAACAUGUGGCUAAAUAUAAUGUUAUUUCUCUUUUUAGCUUCAUUCAUAUGUAGUUUUUGAGUUUCUCACACAUUUUCACUGUUCUUACAACGCGAGAUUCAUUUUUCUUCAAGGCCGAUUCCGCGAGGGAUGUGAGAAGAAUUGGAAAAGUAAACGUUUAUUAAAUUAUUUGGUGUUAUGUGGCGGCUAUGGGUUCGCCAUUUGUGCCGGUUUUUGUGGAGUGCCGAGGCGCGGCCCGUGGUGUCAUGAACGACAAAACUCCUUCGAGGGGAAAAACAGGAAGCCGAAGGAGGCUGGUGGUGAGGAACUUAAGAUGAAAGUGGUGAGAUUGCCUCUUGGCGCCAGGCAACAAAUUGCACAAGACCUUUUUAGCUCAGCGAAUUUAACCAAUGGUGAGUCCCUUGAUCAUCUGUAUGACAGGAUGAUUGAAAAGCCUUUUAUAUUCAAAAUCAAUGACAACGGAACUGGGCCGAAUCUUUUACACCAGGUAUUCUUAGAGCGUGGUUGGCAAGAGUUCACCGAAGCGACUUGCACCAAAGAGAGGUGGAACAUUUGGUGGAGGACGACAGGGUUUCCUGUUUCGCACUACAAGGCAUUAAAAGGUUGGCAGUUUACCAAUCACGUACCCAAAGCGUCAGCGAUCUGUAAAAAAGAUUAUCUAUCAAGGUACUUGAGGUGUAUGAAAAAUAACUACGGGUUUAUUUUCGACUUCAGCCCGGAAGCUUUUAUAUUACCGAACGAUUAUUCUAAACUGGUAGAGACUUGUAACAAGCUAGAUGAUAUCUGGAUAUGUAAGCCAGUGGGCCAGAGUCAAGGAAAAGGAAUAUCAAUUUUUAGGAAAAUUAGCGAGUUGACGUUCGACAGCCAUACGGUCGUACAGAGAUAUGUCCGAGAUCCGUUUCUCAUCGGAGGGUAUAAGUUCGACUUGAGGCUUUACGUCUGCGUGCCUUGUUUCCAUCCUCUGACCAUCUACUUGUACAGAGAAGGCCUGGCGAGGUUCAGCACUGACAAAUUCUCAUUGUCCGAUCUCAAAAAUCGGUACGCCCAUCUGACCAAUUCUUCCGUGAACAAGCAAGGGCCGGGAUAUUCAGAGAUGAAAGAUAAAGUCGGAGCAGGCUGCAAAUGGACUUUGAAGCAACUUAGGCAUUAUUUGAAACAGAACGAGAUAGAUGACUGGCUCCUAUGGCAACGUAUCGUAAACAUGAUUGUAUUGACAGUUGCGAGUCAAGUUUCGGGAGUUCCAACCACGCCGAAUUGUUUCGAAUUUUACGGAUUCGACGUGCUCAUCGAUCAAGACCUUAAACCUUGGCUGCUUGAAGUGAAUUCAAGUCCGGCUCUUUGUACCGACUGUGAUGUAGACCCGGCCGUCAAGAAGCCGAUGCUCCACGACAUGUUCGAUUUACUCGGCCUGCCAAUUUGCAAUACGGGUCUUUCUCUCUUUUGUGAGAGGGAUGUGAGCGGUGAUGAGGCUUCUGACGAAGAGUCGGAUCUGAGGAUACUUCAACGAACUGCGACGAACGCUGCCACCGUGGUCGCGAUGGCUCAAAAGUGGAAGAAGCACGUCUCUUUGCCAUUGGAAGGGAGCAAGUCGCAUCCAUCGUUGAUGAAGAGAGAUUGUAAAAACAAAAGGUUAAGAUCAUCGUGUUCAACCCUAAGCCUUUCACAAUCAUCCCAAAAGAAAUUGCCAAAACGAAAAACAGCGUUGUCGACAUGUAUUGUAGGAGCAUACACAGGUAAUGACGGAAGAUAUGGUUUCAAAUAUGAUAUUAUCGAUGAUCUUGUUAAGAAAGAAAAGUCUAAAACUAAAUGGGACAACGGGAUUGAUUGGAAGUACCCAACAAGCAGCGCAGGUCAUUGGGUAAGGGUAUACCCAUUCAGGCAAGGGAUUCCGGAGCCAAGGAAGAGCAAAGCUUGCACGUCGUUGAUCGCCCAAAACCAAAAUGGCACAAAUGGGACAAUGAAAGCAGAAAACAUCUCGAAGAAUGUCGACAAGGAAAUUAAAAAUAUUGUGACCCAAGUUACAAAAUACUACAAAACGGCUCGCGACUCAUUUAUCAAGAACAAAACUCUUAAUGAUUGUGCUAAAGAUAGUUAUUUGGUUUCACAAACCAAAAUCUGCGAAGAUGUGUGGCAUCCAUUAUUAUAGUUUAAUUUUUUUACAGUAUUGUUAUUUCAUAAUUCAUCAGUUAAUCUUUCAACUUGUGUGUGAUGCACACAUUCUCUUUAACUGACAAUAAUGGCUUUUUUUAAUGUGAAACAUUAAACAUUUUAUAUUUUAUUAUAGUCUACUCAAAUUUGCCCUGAUUUUUUUUUUAAUCUCUCUCUUUAUCUCUCACUCUCUCUCUUUCUGUCUUUCUACUAUAGUUCAGCAUGCUUUAAGGCCAUUAUUGUAGAAGGAAAUAGGCAUUUCUAUAGAUUGUAGUUUUCACUUUAAACUGAUUCUCAUUAAAUGUGCCAAUUGGUUUAGGUCAGCAACUUUGAAACAUAGAAUAUAAUUACUUUCAUAAUCAGGAACUUGUAAAUUGGUCUGGUAACUACCAUCUGCCUACUAUCACUUGUAUUGUCUAAUAUUUCAGCAUUUAGCCAUCUUCAGUGAUUGGUCUGUGUGUUAUUUUUUUCAGAUUCUUUGGGCAAUUGUGUCAGCCUUUUCACUAUCUUCGUGCUGCCAAUAUUGUAAAUAAGCUUUCAUGAACAAAACUAAAAAAGAACACAGAGACAAACAACUGAAAAUGUCAAAAUGGUCAAAUGCAUCGGCGAUACUAUACUUAGUAUUAUGAUCAGAUACGAUUAAACAGGUUCAUCAAGUCACAGCCCCCAAAAAAGCUUAGAUGUUUUUCUGGUUUUAUAAAUGUAUCAUUUGGUUUUUUUAACUAAAUGAAAUUCAAAUUUAAACUGCCAUUAAAAGUUUUGCAACUUUACAAGCAUUUGCCAAAAUAUUUAACAUUGCCAUUAUAUUUUCAGCUACAUUAAGAAAAGCAAAACGGGUUGAACAAAUUAAUGUUAGGGUUUUAUCCACAUGUUAAGAAUUACUUUUUUUUUUAAUUAAAGAAAAAUGCAGUUGUUUAAAUUAUAAGACAUAAAUGACAAAUAUAGUUUAUAUAAUAGUCAAAAUCAAAAGAUGGCCACAUUUAUUCUAGUACAGGUGUCAUUUCAUUUUAUUUAGUUUAAUUAAUUUUAUUUUUUACUUUGUAGUAACUCUCAGCUUGUCUUCCCUAACUGAUUAUAUUGUAUAAUUGUAUUUUUUAAAUUUGAAUUUAUUGUUUUAAUGGUUUGACUUAUUUCUAAGUCUCUUUUGUGUGUGUGCUCUUUGGCGCAAUCACAAACCAUUAUCUUUUGAACGUUAAUACAAAAAUGUUGCGCUUGUAUAAGAAAAAAGAAAUUUCCAUGUGAUUGAAAAUCUUUUUGACAUUUUCUUCAACUAACACAUAUUUAUGUUAUAAGUCACAUUACAAAAAAGCCUUUGCUAGUUAGGAGUAAAUAUAUAUUUUUUGAGAACAUUAAAAAAAUUUAAAUUCAAGUAAAAAAAAUGUGAUUAUGUUCUGCGGAAACUUGUAAAGCUAUUUUCAAUAUAAAUCAAAAUAAAAUUGUCAUACAAUAAUUAGAUAAUUUAAAUAUAUUCAUGGAAAAUGAAUAAUAUUUUUUCUAAUAAUGUUUACAAUACAUUAUGUGAACAUUGCACUUCGAUUGUAGACUGAAAAAAUGUAUUUGUGUUUUAUCCAAUAGAAAUUAAAUCUAAAUCAACUUCAUUCAUAGGUAUGCUAUCGUUCUAAUAAAAUGCUCAUUUUUAUCAAAUUUGGGAUAAAUGUGUACAACUUGUAAAUACGUGUUAUGAUCCCUAAGCGCUGUGAUUAAAUUUGUUUUUU